UGCAGCCGCAUCACGGGAGUGGAAACACCUACAACUCGUUGACACCGAACUACACCACAGUAGAGGAAGAGAGAUAGAGAGGGAGAAAGGGGGCGGUGAAUCGUUUGCCACCCGCAUACUUUCUUUCUAAACGUCCUCUUCUCUCCCGAAUCUCUAGUUUUCCCUCUAACAUGGCUGCGCUCUCAGCCUGGUUCUGGAACGAGCGCUUCUGGCUUCCGCACAAUGUCACUUGGGCGGAUCUGGCCGACCCCGCGCCCGGCGUGGAGUACCCGAAAGCCGGCCACUUGCUCUCCGCGCUGCCGCUGGCCUUGGGGAUAUUCGCAGUGCGGAUAAUAUUCGAGAGGUGUAUCGCAGGUCCAUGCGCCUCCUUCCUUCAGAUCCACACGGAGUGGAGCCGGAGAGCUCAGCCCAACGCCGUCCUGGAGAAAGUGUUUACAUCUAUCACAAAGUCGCCGGACUCGCGGCAUUUAGAGGGUCUGUCUAAACAGCUGGACUGGGACGUGCGGAAGGUGCAGCGAUGGUUUCGGCAGCGGCGGAACCAGGACAAACCCAGCACAAGAACCAAGUUUUGCGAGAGCAUGUGGAGGUUUACUUUCUAUCUUUAUAUAUUUACUUACGGGAUCCAUUUCCUGUGGCAGUCUCCCUGGAUGUGGGAUACAAGGCAAUGCUGGUACAACUACCCCUAUCAGGUGCUGAGCUCAGGCCUGUAUCAUUAUUAUGUAACAGAACUGUCCUUCUACUGGUCGCUCAUGUUCUCCCAGUUCACAGACAUCAAAAGAAAGGAUUUCCUCAUCAUGUUCGUUCAUCAUCUGGCCACCAUAAGCCUGAUCAGUUUCUCGUAUGUGAAUAACAUGCUGCGCGUGGGGAGUCUGGUCAUGUGUGUUCACGACACCUCGGACUUCCUGUUGGAGGCGGCAAAGUUGGCAAACUACGCCAAAUACCAGCGUUUAUGUGACUUCCUGUUCGUGGUGUUUGGGAUAAUCUUCUUCGGGACCAGAUUGAUUAUUUUCCCCUUCUGGAUCCUGAACACGACGCUGUUCGAGAGCUGGGACAUCAUCGGGCCGUACCCGUCCUGGUGGCUCUUCAACUCCCUCCUGCUGGUCCUGCAGGUCCUGCACAUCAUCUGGUCGUACCUCAUCGCUCGCAUCGCCUUCAAAGCCGUCAUGAGAGGAAAGGUGUCCAAAGACGAACGUAGCGACAUCGAGAGCAGCUCGGACGAAGAAACUGACACAAUCUCCAAAGAGCGACUCAAAACGGGCAGUCGCGGUCAUUCACCGAGAGGAGAGAACGGCACCAACGGCCAUUUCGGCCCCAAAUCCUGGAGCCAGAACCACAGCGACUGGUGACACUACGUCCAUGUGGCCUUCACACACACACAGAACUGUGUCCCGGAGAUAUCCCAGCGGGACUAUUCCUCAUCCCUGUACCUCACUCCAACACCAAACAUCCUGUCGUGGGACUUUUUGAGACUCGAUGACGGAGUUUGGGACGCUAUUCCAGUGGUGACGGGACACUAAUGACAAUAUGGCCACUCUAAGAAGCUUGUGAAAGAGAAAAUGAUUAAAUUAGUCAGAUCUGCAUUCCUUGGUUUCCUCGUUUCGGGAGCUGAGACGUUUCUUCUCCGCGCUUCGCGUUUUACUGAAGUCGGGGAGAACGUCGUCUUCAGAUUUUAACGGUCAGAUGAACUUGAGUUGUUUUUCUUUUCUCUUUUCCGUUGUUUGUUUCGGUUACUGAUGUGUUUGUAAUUUGUUUCCUGUGCUGUUUUACAUUUGGCUUUUUUAUUUUUGGAAACCAAAUAAGGUUAUUAAAAUGAAAGAUGGGUCCUGUGAUCAGAUGCUUCUGGAUUAAUAGGUGAGUUCUCACCUUCCAAAGAUGAACGGUCGAUUGAAUGACGUAAAUGUGCAAAUAAAUAUAAUUUAUACAAUUAUCAGUCACACUAGACAUGUUGUGUUAAAAGGGUGAUCUAAGACUUGAAUUUAAUUUCUAGUUCUCAACUGGGAUCACAAAAAAACAACGCUAAAUACAAAUUAUAGUAAUUAAAUUGUGCAACUAGGUUGUCUGAAAUAUCUAUAUUCUGAACCAGUUGAGAAUGACUGUUAUGAUGAAAUAUAACUGUUUGUAUUCUAUA